UACUGGCAACCCUGGUCCUUGGUGAUGGACAAACAAGAUGGCGGCUAUGGUUCGCUUAUUGGGCGAAACAGAUGGAAUUAUCGCUGAAAUAUAUGACAAAAAGAAUGAUGCAGAAGCUGCCAGACUGAUUGAGUACUCAAAUGCUGUGAAAAUUCAGUCAUGGUUUCGAGCCACCAGGGUUCGUUCUUAUUUGAAACAUACUAACAGGUGUGCUACAGCAAUUCAAAGGCGAUGGAGGGGCUUUUUAGGACGAAGAUUUUUCAGGAUUCUUCUGAAGAACACGGUCUUCAUAAUGAAGUUGAACCACUACAAUGCUAUGGCUUGCAAGGUACAAAAAGUUUGGAGAGGUUACUAUGUGAGGAAGUAUGUGUUUAAUUACUACAGCCGGAAGAGAUAUUUGGAGGCUCUGCAAGUGAAGAAUGAAAUCAUAAGGUCUGAGCUCUCAGAAUAUGCCGAGCAGCAGGAAGCCACCCGGAAACGAGAGGAGGAGAAGAAGGAGAUGGAGCACAGGAAGAUGGAGGCUCGGAGACACCAUUACCUGGUCAGCACAGAGGUCAUGCCAGGCAUUUACAACUCCCCAUUCUUACCGUACCCGACGGAAACUGAAUAUUUGCUGCGCAACGUUCGGCCUCUCUCCCAUAAGACGUCCAAGAAACGAGGAGCUGAAUUUGAUCCUGCUUGGGUCAAGUACAACUCUCAGAUCCCCAAAACACUACCGCCUCUGUCUGCACUACCUCAGGGCCCAUUCCGAGACCCAGCGGUGGUUCAGAAGCAGCGCUACAAGCCUUUCCAACCCUCGCUGCGUGUGUCCACUGACUUCUACUCCCUGGAGAAAGCCAGGCAGAAACUGAAGGAUGCAGAGUGGGUCACCAGGAUCAACGACAGCACCUUCCAGCCAUUCACGCACCGCUCGGUGCCGUACGAACCUUUGCUGCACUCCACUUCACGUUAUGGACAUUUACCGUAUGGGACCAAGUACUACAGGGAGGAAUUCUUGGACAAACAUGUGUUUUCACAGAAUUUCAAGACCUUGGUGCCGCCAAUCCCCAUUUUCUCCAAACUCAAUGAUACCUAUUCUCAAGGACAAGUGUGAAGCUUAUGAAUUGCAGAGUUUUGUUUGAGCUUUUCUUGUUGUUAUACAUUUUGUUCUAUUGCCAAUUUUAUAGAGGUUUAUGACAUCAACAACUUCAGAGUAAACUUUUUGAUGUCAAAUAAAGUGAAGUAUUUUACAAAUAUUUUGGUAGAACUGAAGUCGACUUUUAUCUUUUUAAAUCAAAAGGCCAGCUUCUGAGAUACUGAUGGCCAGCUGUGCAUGGCUUUAUAGAAAUGUUCCUUUGUUUGAAAGUUGAAUUUCAGUGUUUGUAUAAUUGUUUUGUGGUUUUUAUGUAGAGUUUACCGUAUUCUGUUCCUUGACUCUUUAAGGUGUAAAAAAAACUUUGAUGCCCUCACAUGAAGCACAUCUAAAAAUUUUUCAUCCUUUCUUUUCCGAAGUUUCCUUCCGACAAAACUCUGGCCAUUCCUUUUCUAGUCGUAUUCCCUUUGUGGCUGCAAUGAAAAUACACAUAAGGUCUUGAGUUUUGCUUUUUCUUCAUUAAACGUACAUGACAUAGAUUAAAGCUUAAAAGUAAAAUAUUUACUCUUCAACAGGAGCAGAUUAAAUUCUACAAAAAUUUGGGUAGAUUAGAAGAAGAUUUUGAGAAAUUUUUGUGAGGGGAAAAACCGCCCCCCCAAAUAAAACAACAGUUCACAGAUACAGUGGUACUGGUAUUGUUUUGAGGUCUUAGAAGUAUUUUUUAUUUUGCAUGUCCUGUUUCUUUCAGUGUAACUGCAUCACUGGUGGUUAUCACAAACCAACCAGACCAGCAAGUCCCUCAGGUUAACAUUGCUUGCAAAAUGUCAGGACAAGUGGUGGAUACGCUCCCUGGCAUACCAGUUGUAAAUAUAAUUUUGAAAUGUCUACAAGUCACAGAAAAUUUGCUGACGUUUGCCGUCGCACAUGCUCUCAAAUAUGGCUUUGAUUUUAUUUAAAAUCAAAAUGAAAGUGGAUGUAUAAUUACUUUGUGUGUAUGAUAUAUUAAAAAUUUACCAAGGAUGGGUUUAUAGUAAGAAACCUUGCACAGAAGUAUAAGUUUGAUUAUAAAAUUAACAUCAUGAUUACAGUGAUCGAAGUAUGUGUUUUUAUUCUAGCAAAAUAUAAAUAUAUACAUGUUAUUUUUUUCUUUAGGUUUUAUUAUAACUAAUGCCACUCAGUUAUAUCUUUGAAUAAUAGUCAUACAAAAUGAAACAGUUGAUAUGUACACACAAGGUGUACAUAAUGCGAAGAAUAAAGUGUACAAAAAAUAAA